AUGGUACAUAUGCUUUCGCGUGAAAGAAAAUCGGUGAAUGCGAUUGCUUCAAAUCCAACACUUGUCGAUGCGUUGUGCACAGCUACUCGUUACGAGAACGAUGCGAUACGACGAGACGCUCUCGGCGCCCUCUCACAUAUUUCGGAACGUGCCGAGGGCCGCAUGCAUAUUUUCCGUUCUGGUGGUAUUCCGGAGCUUGUUCGAAUGCUUGGAAUUCCAGUGGAUGCAGAAACAAGAGCAUGCGGCGGUUUGGAAGCAAUGGCACCUUUGCUUCAUGAAAACAAUCCACGUUUCCUGGCGUUGCUGGCCGAUUCACUGUAUCUGCUUUUGCUCGAUCAUCCCCAGAGUAAACUCUCGUUCCUGUCUUUGGGUGGUCCAUCUGCACUUAUCGUUCUUCUGAACACACAUCGCCAUUAUCCGAAGCUUAUCUACACGGUGGUUCGCUGCAUUCGAGCAAUUUCAGUAUGCCCACAGAACAAAACUGCUCUUAUUUCUCUUGGAGCACUAAAUGUUUUGGGCGAUUUCAUCCACAACGUCGACGAUCGGACGCAGUUUGCGGUGCUUUGUGCGGUGCGAAAUCUGUCGGAUGCGGCAACAAAUGAGGACAGUUUAGGGCCACUGAUAAUUAGUCUGAUAGAGGUUGUUGCGGCUGGUGAGGAGUCGACAACGGCAUGUGCAGCAGGUGUCCUCUCAAACCUCACGUGCAACAAUAUUCGCAACAAGCAGACCCUCUGCACCAACAGGUUGGUUCAUUUUUCCUGA